AUGGCAGAGAAAGAAGAGAGUGUGAAGCUUCUAGGGUUUUGGGCAAGCCCUUUCACUCGUAGAGUCGAGAUGGCUCUCAAACUCAAAGGCGUGCCUUACGAGUACUUGGAGCAAGAUAUUGUCAACAAGAGCCCUUUGCUUCUCCAGCUAAACCCGGUUUACCAGAAGGUUCCGGUUCUUGUCCACAAUGGUAAAAUAUUAGCCGAGUCACAUCUGAUCCUCGAAUACAUCGACCAAACAUGGAAGAACCAUCCAAUUCUUCCUCAAGAUCCUUAUGAGAAAGCCAUGGCUUUCUUCUGGGCCAAGUUCGUUGAUGAACAGGCUGGACCAGUUGGAUUCAAGUCUGUGGUGAAAGCAGAGAAAGGAAUAGAGGUUGCAAUCGAGGAGGCUCAAGAACUGUUUGCUUUUCUUGAGAAGGAAAUCACCGGAAAAAACUUCUUCGGCGGUGAAACCAUCGGAUUCUUGGACAUGGUCGCAGGAAGUAUGAUACCGUUUUGUCUGGCUCGUGGUUGGGAAGGUAUGGGAAUUGAUUUGAUUCCGGAGGAAAAGUUUCCAGAGCUAAACAGAUGGAUCAAGAACUUGAAAGAGAUUGAGUUUGUGAGGGAAUGUAUUCCUCAUAGAGAGAAACAAAUUGAGCACAUGAAAAAUGUUGCUAAGCGAAUCAAAUGGGCUUAA